GUGUGGGUGUGUUUGCUGGUGGAGUGGGCAGAAGUGCCUAGAAAUGUCGGGGUAAGAGGAGGAAGUGGGCUCCCUUUCAGAAUUCAGGGCCGGCGGGGCGGACUGGCUCCCUCAGCAUCUCCCCUGCCUCCUUCCCUGCCGCGUACAAUGCCUGGGAUUAUGCCGAGGGGCGGAGCCGCCCAAGUGGCCGUCUGGCCGGCUGCACAUAUAAAGGUGCUAUAGAAAUGUGCAGGCAUUCAAAGUCCCAGGGCAGGCAGGCGGGCAGGCGGGCGGGUCUGAGGAGGCUUUGCAUCUGCAGUUGCUGGGGGAGCAGGAAGGGGGGCAGAGGCGAGCGCUGAUUUACAGUGGUUCAGUGCAGCUUCAGAAAAGGGGAGAAAAGCAAUGGGACUUCUGGCUCAAAGCGCUGCUUUGCAUCUUGUCUUGCAUAAAUUUGCAUACUGAGUUCAAAGUCGUAAAAUAGACUUGGGGAAUGAGUGGGACCCACUGUCACUGAUUGCUAACACCACUACCUUCCACCACCCUCCCCCCUUCUGGACAGAACACCCAGAACUAGCUCUGCUAAGCUGCUCCGCCUGCGUCACCACGGUGCGUUGGAAGGAGGAGAUGGGGGAGCUGAGAGCAACUGCUUCUAGGUCUCCGGGAGGGACACGUGUCGUUCCUGGGCCACCAGACCAAGCGGGGUGUGCCUGUGUGCACUCUGGCCUCGGAGGGAGGUCUGGUCUGGAGGCUGUGGCUCUCCAGGUCGGAACCAGCCCUGCAGGCAGUGUUGGGCGGGCUGCCUCCAUCUGCCAUUGUGCUCGGAGGGCUGGAAUUUGAGGAAGUUGCAGAAUCAAGGUUUUUUGCCUGCCAUCUCCUUACUCACUUCCCCUAUGUCCACAUUGUUCACCAUGAUAGUUCCCUUUGUGCGGUAAUAGAUUCCCAUCCAUUCUUCUGACAAGGUAUUUGAAGAAGCUUUGAGAGAAAAAAAAUCCUGUGUAACAAGGUCAAAGGACCUUAUAUUAAAAAAAAACAACAACAGGACUAAGGAAUCUCUGAAUUAGCAUAGGUGGUGGUGUCUGGGGGAAAGAGGAAUCUAUGUGUUCGUGACCACCGCGAGGGUCUAUCUAUGCAAUGGUUCUUGGCCCAUUUGGACUAUUGAGUUUCCUGGCAGGCAGAGGGAAGAGGGAAACUUAGAUGGUUCAAAGAUUUAGCUUACCUUAGCACUGAGCUUUAAACUAAAAUUUUCAGGCCAAUCAUUCCUUUGGGUUAGGGAACUCCGUGGAAGUGAGUCCUAGAAAGACGCCUGCAGGUUACUUGGGAGCAGGAGCAUAUUUGGUCCCCAUUGUCCAGCAUUCAAGGGCUUACUUAGAAUCCCAGUACUGUAGCCCAUUUAUCAGGUUAGCUUCUAGUCGGGUCUCACAUUAGCUAUUCUCUGCCAUAGAAAACUGGAUGCACAGUUGCUAAAUUUUGAUAUGAGGAAGUUCCAAAAAUUCUUGGUUCCAGUGAAAUGCAAAAUAGGACGACAGUACCUGGGGGGGGGGGCGGGGGGGUGCCCAGCAGGGGCUGCUGAAGGGAAUGAAGGAGGAGCAGAAAAUACGCAGGCUAUGCCCACAUUUGGUUUUGUUGUUGACCCUCCUCACAUACGACAACACGGUACCACCACCACCACCACCACCACCAACAACAAAGGGCUUGGUUAUUAUUAUUACUAUUUUUGAAGAGCCUCCAUCACCAGGGACUGCAUUUCGUUUCAGUCUGUCCCUUCUUAGUGUUCCUAGCCUCCUUUUCCUCCCCUGCUUUCUCCAUGUUGCUUUCCUAUCCACCCCCCCCCCCGGUCCCCUGGCCCCCAUGGCUCCCCUAUGCCUCUCCCGCUAUGGCUGUGUCUUGAACACCUGGCUGGAUGCUAAGGCUUGAGAAAUGGCAUGGAAGAUAGAUCUACCCCAGCCUUCCACAGGAAUCCAGACAAUGGCGACGAGCCCUCUGAAGGAGGCCUGGUUGAGAACCACGUGGACGGGACCGUGAACCUCUUGGGCGGUGGAGGCGGUGCUGGCCGGAAGCCCCUCAAGUCAGGCAUGAAGGAGUUGGCAGUGUUCCGGGAGAAGGUCACCGAGCAGCACCGGCAGAUGGGCAAGGGGGGCAAGCAUCACCUUGGUCUGGAUGAACCCAAGAAGCUGCGGCCGCCACCUGCCAGGACCCCCUGCCAGCAGGAGUUGGACCAGGUCCUGGAGCGGAUCUCCACCAUGCACCUUCCAGAUGAGCGGGGCCCUCUGGAGCACUUGUACUCCUUACACAUCCCCAACUGUGACAAGCACGGCCUGUAUAACCUCAAACAGUGCAAGAUGUCUCUGAACGGGCAGCGUGGGGAGUGCUGGUGUGUGAAUCCCAACACUGGGAAGCUGAUCCAGGGAGCCCCCACCAUCCGGGGGGACCCUGAGUGUCAUCUCUUCUACAACGAGCAGCAGGAGGCCCGUGGGGUACACAGCCAGCGGAUGCAGUAACCCCCAGCCAGCCGAUGCCGGGCACCCCCGCCCCCACCCCCUCUCCAAACACUGGCAGAGAGAGGAGAGCCUUGCGUGGUGGGUGGGGAGGGUUUUCCAGGAGUGUUGACACGUGUAUUUAUAUUUGGAAAGACCAGCACCGAGCUCGGCACACCCCCGCUUUCCCCCUCCCCAGCAGGAACUGCCUGCACCCUCGCCUUCUCCUGUCCCAGCUGGGGAGGAAGGGUGCUUGCAGGGGUGGAGCUGGGGGCAAGGCUUGGGAGGGGGGAAAAAGAAAUUUUUAUUUUUGAACCCCCGUGUUUCUUUUGCUUAAGAUUAAAGGAAGGAAAAAUAAA